AUGAGUUCUGUAGAGAACCCCGACCAGACAUCUGGCCCAGCCGAUGGUCUGGCCCCAUCUCACACAUAUGUGCCUAACCAGGGCUAUGUGAACCCCGAGACUACUGACUCCGCCGUGGCGGGGCAGGAGCCCACUGAGGAGGAGGAGGAGUACGAAGAUGACGAAGACUACGACGAUAUCUUUGAUGAAGAGAUGGACCAAGGCGACUUCCCAUCUUCGAACUCAAAUGACCUGACCAAGGCCUACAACCGCCAGCGCAAAAUGAACACCGUCGCUGCCGACCCUGCCGUCCCCAAAUGGACUUACCCGAAGACGAAUACCCAGAAGCCCACCGUUAACACAUAUGCAUCGGUCGAUGACCAAGUCAAAUCCCUGACACGCCAUGCUGCCAAGAUCAAGCUCGACGAACAACAGUCUGGUCUAUCCUCUAAAGGCGACAAAGGAGGAGAUCGGGCGGAUCGUGCGACAUCAGAGCAAGUGUUGGACCCGCGCACUCGCAUGCUUCUUUUGCAAAUGAUCAACCGGGGAUUAGUGUCGGAAAUUCACGGUUGUUUGUCUACUGGAAAGGAGGCUAAUGUGUAUGGUGCCAUUUCGCUCUCUGACGAGGCCGACGGCCCCCCUGUGCAUCGCGCUAUCAAGGUGUACAAGACCAGCAUCUUGGUUUUCAAGGAUCGUGAUAAGUAUGUCACUGGUGAGUUCCGUUUCCGCCAAGGAUACAGCAAGAGCAACAACCGCGCAAUGGUGAAGCUGUGGGCUGAAAAGGAAAUGCGAAACUUGCGGAGAAUCUACUCCGCGGGUAUUCCCUGCCCUGAGCCUCUCUACCUACGUCUACAUGUCUUGGCUAUGGGUUUCAUUGGUAACUCGAAGGGAGUUGCUGCACCAAGACUCAAGGAUGUUGAGUUUGACAUUCCUGAGCCUGAUGUCCGUUGGAGAGAGCUGUACAUUGAAUUGUUGGGUCACAUGCGAGUUAUGUACCAAGUCUGCAGACUUGUUCACGCAGAUUUGAGCGAGUAUAAUAUUCUAUACCACAAGAACCGGUUGUACAUCAUUGAUGUCAGCCAAAGUGUUGAGCAUGACCACCCUCGCAGUUUGGAAUUCCUCCGAAUGGAUAUUAAGAACGUCAGCGACUUCUUCCGUCGCAAGGGUGUUCACGUCUUGUCCGAGCGAACUCUCUUCGAGUUCAUCCUAGCGCCUGAAGGCCCCAGAGAUCCCGCUCAUGGCAAUGAAGAGAUGAUUGAGGCCAUCGAGAAGCUGUUCACUGCUCGCGAUGAGGCCGGUGCUACUGCGGACUCAGAGGAAGUUGACACCGCUGUCUUCCGUCAGCAAUACAUUCCCCAAACUCUGGAGCAGGUCUACGAUGUUGAACGUGAUGCCGAAAAGGUUCACGCUGGUACUGGUACCGAUCUUGUUUACAAAGACCUUCUGGCAACCAACAAGCCCAAGCCAACCAACAACAGAGACGAGUCAGAAUCCGAUGCUAGCGGUGGAGUGUCAGUGUCAGACUCCGAAUCUGACGAUGAAGAAGAGGAGAAAGAUCCAUUUGCUCCCAAGCCGCCGCGUGGUAAGCGCUUCGAGGACAAGGAUGCCAAACGUGAGCACAAGGCAAAGGUCAAGGAGGAGAAGCGUGACCAGCGUACCAAGAAGAUGCCUAAGCAUUUGAAGAAGAAACUUGUCUCUACUUCUGCCCGUAAGAAGAAAUAA